AUGCACGUCAGCAAAGUUGGAUUGGAUGCUGCUGGCAAGACGACCAUUCUGUAUAAACUGAAGUUAGGGGAGAUAGUCACCACCAUUCCUAACAUUGGUUUUAAUGUGGAAACAGUAGAGUAUAAGAACAUUUGUUUCACAGUAUGGGAUGUUGGUGGUCAAGAUAAAAUUAGGCCUCUCUGGAGGCAUUACUUCCAGAAUACCCAGGGUCUUAUUUUUGUGGUAGAUAGCAAUGAUCAUGAAAGAAUUCAGGAAAGAGCCCAAGUACUGCAGAAAAUGCUUGAGGAAGAUGAGCUGCAAGAUGCAGUGCUGCUGCUUUUUGCAAACAAACAGGAUUUGUCAAAUGCUAUGGCUAUCAGCGAAAUGACAGAUAAAUUAGGCCUUCAGUCUCUCCGUAACAGAACAUGGUAUGUUCAAGCCACUUGUGCCACACAAGGAACUGAUCUGUAUGAGGGACUUGAUUGGCUGUCAAACGAGCUUUCAAAACGUUAAAUGAAACUGGAUAUCUAACCAAGGACACAUUUUGAUAGAAUUGGUCUAGGCUUGUUACAACAAAAUUAGUUUGCAUCUUGGUUAUUAAACUGUAUCUGGGACUGGUUUGGGCAGAAUAUUACAGCGUUUAAACUUAUUUUGUUGCCAAUUAUUGUUUACCAAGUAUAAUGUUGCUCUUUAGCAAUAUGCUUGGUUUUGAAGAAAUUCUUGGGGAAAAAAGUAUCCUCUUUUUAAUUUUGACUUCCUUUAAACCUAAAUGCCUGGACAUAGCUAUUGUGACACCUUUAAAUAAAUCAGUUUUGAAUGUUUUUUUGAGCCCACAACAAAUAAUGUUUUAAAGUUAUCCCCUUGCUACUUUACUGAUACCUGUAUCAUUCCUGGGACAGUCUGCUGAUUUGAACAUGUAGCAUUCCAUUUGUAUUUAUUUCUAUCCCUUGCCAAAAGGAUUUUCUAAUACUGCUUGUACCAGCCAGGGAAAUGCUCCAAAACACUAUUCAGCUCUCUUGCACUGAGGAACUUGACUCCUGGCUUCCAUCAGCCAAACUUAACCUUGGUGUGGUUUGGAUUUGAUAGCUAAUUCUGUGCUGGUUGCAAAGAGUUCAUAUUGAGAUGGCUUUUAAUACUCAGCAGAUUGUCUUUCUUUAUAUUAUUAUCUUCUUUAUGUUGCAUGUUGCUUUUGGUAUCAGCCUGACUCUUUGCCCAGUAUAUGAUAGUUCUGCUGGUGUUUUGUUUAUUGAUGAACAUGUCUUCAUUAAGAGUUUU